UAGUUAUUCAUUGUUGUCAAUGCAGAUUGCUGUAGGAGUCAUGAUCGGCUCCAAGUUCGGAUUGACGGGCGAAGGGUCCUUCAGUAAGGGCGAAGCCAACUUCCUUGUGUUCCUGAUCUGCGCUUACGUAGCGGCCUUUUCGUGGUCAUGGGGCCCGCUGGGGUGGCUGGUACCUAGUGAGAUCUGCCCACUUGAAGUCCGAUCACCUGGUCAGGCCAUUAACGUGUCCGUCAACAUGUUAUUCACUUUCAUCAUUGCUCAGGGCUUCCUUUCCAUGCUCUGCCACAUGAAAUUUGGUCUCUUCUUUUUCUUCGGCGGCUUCGUGAUCCUUAUGACCAUCUUCGUGUUCUUCUUCUUGCCCGAGACGAAGAACGUCCCAAUUGAAGAGAUGAACAGGCUUAUGAAGGCGCAUUGGUUCUGGGGUAAAUACAUCCCCGAUGAAGAGGCCACUGGGGACAAGUACACUGCAUGACUUGACAAGGAUUGCUUGUCAUAUACUUGACUGGAGCUGGAACCGUAUAUGACGCGAUUGUAAACUUCCUCAUCAAUUUUUGGGAAUACCUAGUGAGUUUCCGAUCACGGGGAUGGUCAGUCAGCGAGCCAGGGGGGAUCAUGGGGCCAUAGGUGGCAGAGAGGAAGUAGAGGAGGGACUUGAUUAGGUCUGCAAAGCACAGGGUGACGACGAUCACGAUCCAAGUCGCCAUGGAAGAGAAGAAGCAGAGCUUUGAAAGCUUGGACAGAGGGGAAGUUGGAGAUUAUACAAAUAUGAGAAAAGGUUGAGGCCAACCAAGUCUUUUUUUUAUUUUUUUUCUUGUGGUAAAUAAAGUCUUCAUUGAAACAAAGAAUAACCAGAAUCCAUAACAAACAUUCAUGGGGAUGCGACCCCAAUAAUAUCCGAAAAUAAAGCCUGAACUACAUUAGCCGGAGGAUCAGUAAACACAACCAGGGAUGACAUUUGGUCACUGGCAACUGCGCAUCCGAGCUAGGGUAUCCGCAACCAUUAGCUUCCCAGAAAGCAUGCCUCGGGAUGAUCCGAUCAAGCCUGCUGCACAGAGUCCUGCAAUCAUCGAUUAAAUGAACGAAAUGGGAAUUUGACGACGUCUUGCCCCAAAUCCAAUAAAAAACUGUUAUAGCAUCAAUUUCAACAAUUAAAGAAGAGAUGUUGAGAUUUGCAGCAAGCAGCAACCCCUGCCAAGCGCUUGAAGUUCAGCAACAACUAAUUUAAAAAAAAAAAA